AUGAAUUCCAACCAGAGCUUCAGCCAGAACCGCUCAGGUUCCCUCUAUGCCACAGGAGGCGGCUGGGGCCGGCCGGGGAGCUUUCCCCGGGCUCCGAGUGUCCAUGGUGGUGCGGGGGGUGUCCGCGUCUCACUUUCCUCCUCCUCACUGAGCUGUCCCCUCCCUGAAGGGUCUUGGAGGUCUGGAAGAGGCAGCUCCCUCCUAGGCGGAAAUGGGAAGGAGAUGAUGCAGAACCUUAAUGACCGCCUGGCCACCUACCUGGAAAAGGUGCACGCCCUGGAGGAGGCCAACGUGAAACUAGAAAGCUGCAUCCUGAAGUGGCAUCAGCAAAGAGAUUCAGGCAAUAAGCAAGACUACUCCCAAUACGAGGAAAGCAUCAGCCACGUGCAGGAGCAGAUAGCAGAUGGCAAGGUAAACAAUGCUCAGAUCAUCCUUCUCAUUGACAACGCCAGGAUGGCAGUGGAUGACUUCAGCCUUAAGUAUGAACAUGAACACUCCUUCAAGAAAGACUUAGAAAUUGAAGUUGAAGGUCUCCGAAAGACCUUGGAUGAUCUGACCAUUGUCACCACAGACCUAGAACAGGAGGUUGAGGGGAUGAGGAAAGAGCUCAUCCUCAUGAAGAAGCGUCAUGAGCAGGAUGUGGAGGAACACCGUUUGCCAAAUGACUUCAAGGUCAACGUGAAGGUGGAUACAACCCCGGGAGAAGAUCUGAUUAAGGUCCUGGAGGAUAUGAGGCAGGAAUAUGAGUCUAUAAUUAAAAAGAAGCAUCAAGACUUGGACACUUGGUAUAAAGAGCAGUCAGCAGCCGUGUCCCAGGAAACAGCCAGUCCAACAGGUGUGCAGAGCAGCCAAAGUGACCUUCAUGAACUGAAGCGCACUUUCCAGGCCCUGGAGAUUGACCUGCAGACACAAUGCAGCAAGAAAUCUGCUCUAGAAAACAUGUUAUCAGAGACCCAGUCUCGGUACUCCUGCCAGCUCCAGGACAUGCAACGGAUCAUCUCCCACUAUGAGGAGGAACUGACACGGCUACGCCAUGACCUGGAGCGUCAGAACAAUGAAUACAAGGUCCUCCUGGGCAUCAAAACCCACCUAGAGAAGGAAAUCGCCACCUACCGCCAGCUCUUGGAAGGAGAGAAUGGAGGGACAAUGGAAGAAUCUAAGUCAAACGUCAAAGCUCCAAAGAUCAAGGCCAUCACACAGGAGAGUGUCAAUGGAAGAGUAAUUCUUUCUCAAGUGAAUGAGAUCUGA